AGAGUUGCAUAAACAAAAAAAUGUAGAUUGGGAUCCUGAGGCCUUUUCAAAGAUGCGAUAUCUAAAAUUGCUUAAAAUUUGUGGUGUUCAACUUAUGCAUGAUCUCAAACAUCUUCCUAAUAGCUUAAGAAUUCUUGAUUGGAAAGGGUACCCUUCAAAAUCGUUGACAUCAAGUUCCCGAUUAAAGAGUUUUGAGAAUUUGAAAUUCAUGAAUCUGAGUGAAUCUCUAAAACUUAUUGAAGCCCCAGACAUCAUUGAAGUCCCAAAUCUUGAGAGUUUGGUUCUUAAAAGUUGUAUAAAUUUACGUAGGAUUCACCCAUCAAUUGGAAUUCAUAAAAAGCUUACUAUUCUUGAUUUACAACGGUGCGAGAACCUCACGAGUCUUCCAAGCAAGUUUAAAUUAAAGUGUCUUGAGGAACUUAAUCUUACUGAGUGCUCAAAAUUAACAGAAAUUCCAGAAUUCGGGAGAAACAUGAAAAGGGUACGCAUCCUUUAUUUAGGUUCUACUGCAAUUACAACACUACCCACGUCAAUUGAGCAUUUGACUGGCCUUGUUGAGUUGACUGUAAAUAGUUGCAAAAAUCUUGAGCAUUUACCUAAUACCAUUUUUAAUUUAAAGUUGGUUAGAAAAGUCUCUCUCCAGUUUUGCACAAAACUGGAUAGACUGCCAGAGAACCUAGGGGAUGCCGAAAGUCUAGAGAAGUUGGAUUUGUGGGAAACUGCUAUAAGAGAGGUCCCUUCUUCCAUUGGUCUCUUAAAACAUCUUCAUUCCCUAACAUUGAGUGAAUGUAAGGGGUUAUCAAUGCCAACAAGUCCUCAUCCCAUCGACUUGCUAUUCUCUUCUCUAUCUCUAUCACCUGCGUCUCCUUUGACCCACUUGCUUUUAGGUGACUGCAAUCUCAAGGCAAUCCCUAAUGAUAUUGGUUCCUUAGUCUCUUUAGAAUGGUUGGUUCUAGAUGGAAAUGAUUUUGAUUGCCUUCCGGAAAGCAUCAUUCAACUUUCGAAAUUGAAAUGGAUGCACUUGAAUAAUUGCACAAGUCUUCGAUCAUUGCCAAAGCUUCCAUUUAAUAUUGAACUCGUGGAGGCAAAAGGUUGUAUCUCACUGGAAAUGUUACCAGAUCCAUUAAAACCAAGCGAUUCAUUGGAACCAUCUCUCAAUCUUGAAAAUUGUAUUAAAUUGGCUGACAAUCAAAGCUGCAUAUACUGGUUUACCUCAGGGAUAAAAAAGUCCCUCAAGCUCUCUCCCUCUCUCCCUCUCUUAGUCCUAAAAGAGUCAUAUAACAUUGUUUUUCCUGGAAGUGAAAUUCCCGAGUGGUUUAGCUACCAAAACAUGGGGAAAGAAGUGAAAAUAAAAGUACCUUCUCAUUUGUGUAAGAACGUGGGAAUUGUUAUUUGCGUUGUGUGCCCCACGCUUGACUAUUCGUUGAUAGCCAAUGGAAAAGAAAUUUCUUUUGAAAGUGGCACAGUUGUUCAGGUUUCAUCAGAUCACCUUCGGCUAGUCUAUGUGACUCCUCAAUUCUUCGACAAGGAAUCAAAUAAAUUAUCGUGGGAAGGUGACGUGAAUGGAUUCCGUCAGAUUAGAAUUGAAAUUGAAACCCAUUAUUCAAGCGUGAAGGUAAAAAAAUGGGGGUUCCAUAUGAUAUACAAGAAAGACAUAGAAGAUCUUGACAUGGAUGUUCUCCAUCAUAAUUUCGACAGUUUGUCAGUGGAAGUGGAAGCAAGUUCUGAUUACAAUAUGGCUGGACCCAGUGGAGAAGGAAGCUCUGAUUGUGAGGAGUCAAGUGAGUACGAGGGUUGCGAUAGGGAGGAAUCUAGUGAAAGUGACCCUGAUUAUUAGUCAACAUUUUUCUCCAGUUUUUUCAGAUCAUGACCAAGGUCAACCACCCAUGCCCAUUUCACAUGUUCAUCUUUAUGGUAAUUAGACCCAAGCAGGCAAGCAAGUAUUUAACAAGAUUGAAAAUGGGAGAAGGGUAACUAAUAGUUCAAAUAACAAAGAAAAGCCUCAACAACAGCAAGAAAAGCAAAUCCAGACCUUUAGAGAGGGUUCAACUGCAACCAAUCCUGUUGGAGGAGAGCUGCAAGGGUAGGGGAUGGAAAUAGCGGGGAUCCAAUUUCUUUUUUAAAAAUAGAGAAUAUGCAUGUCCAUAGCUGCUUGUGAGGAGUCAAGUGAGUGAUUAGUGACCUGAGAUUUUUUCAUUGGAAGGAAUUUUGUGAAGUGACCCAGAAGGUUGAUCAACGCUUUUCUCUCUAUCGCCCACCUGUCUUGUCAGAUCUGUGAUUUACCACAAGAGAAGUGCGUUUGGAUCUAUUACUAAAUGACCUUAGCCAUCUGAUGCCUUUAUUCAAUGUUGGGAAAUCAUCAAAGACUUCAUCUUCCCAUGUAAUGCUUGUGAAGAAGAAUUGAUCAUGAGCAGGGCAAAACUGUUCAUGCUCAUUUCACAGGAUAAAACAAACCAGAAGACUUGACCUCCAUAGGCAAGCAACUGUGCAGAAAAGGUUGAAAAAUAGAGAAGCUAUCCUGCUUUGAUUGGACCUGAUUAGAGAGCUGUACUCUCCAGAAGUAGCUGCUCAAAUUUUAGCUAUCUCAAGCUGUGGAGUUACUGAUAAGCUGCUAUGGCCUCAUACAACACAACAUAGUAUGCACAAGCCUAUGAUGCACAACAUGUUGAUUAGAGUAACUACUGGAGAGUUCCAAGGGGAGUGUGUCCAGUUGUGGAGGGAUGGCAAGUGUUGCUGACAGUUGAGGGGCACUGGCAGAGCAGAUGCAAAUGGGGUUGUUUUGCCUAUGUAGCUAAAUCAUGGGCUGGCAGAUAAUUUUUCAGCCUGUUCCAGUAACGCCGUAUGCAAAAAAGUGAAAGCUUACUGUUUGAGAAGCAUAUUUUCCAGGUUGUUCUGGUUAGUGGAAGAUUGGAGGACCUGUGGAAAAGAAGAAGGUUCCUUGGCAACUUGGUGCGUUGAUUGAAGAACACAAGUGCAAGGAAGUUGGAGAAUGCCAGUGGUGUACAUUUGCUGUGUACCGGAGUCACUAAUGAGGCCUGCACAAGUCUCUAAUGCACAACAAGCAGAUCAAAGUAACUGCAGGAAAGUACCAAGGCAGGUGUAUCAAGUUGUGGAGGGUUGUAGGUGUUGCUGACAAUUUAGGGACGCUAGCAGAGAUAGUGUGAACGGGGUGGUUUUGGCUUUGUAGCCAAAUCAAGUGCUGGCAGGCUGUUGCAGUUCUUCCAUAUGCAACCAAAUGGCAUGCAGCUAGAUGCCCCUGUUCGGAAAGCAUUAACUAAGGCUAUACAGCUUGGUUUUUGUAGACUUGUUUCCAUCAUUUUUAAGAGUGGAGGAACUCCUUUUGAGAAGAAGGUUUCCUUGGCAACUUGCUGUGCUGAUUGAAGGCCACAAGUGCAUAGAAGUAGGAGAACAUUAGUGGUUGUAUAUUUUGUGCAUAAGAGAGUUGCUACAGAUGUUGGGGUCUUGCUGUUGCUUCAAAGUCUUUUGAACAUUUUUGGACUCUACUACCAGCCAACGCUUCAGACAUUAUUUUGUAUUAUAAACCAUACCCAAAAAGAAAAGAGAAGACAAAAAGAAAGAAGUUAAAUUAACACCUUUUCUGGACUAAAGCUAGUUGCAACUACAUGCAAUCAUUAACAUUGUAAGACAUCAUAUAAGAGAUUCAUGUCUUUGCGUGAAAAUCAUAUUCAUCUCUCCUUUUAGAUUCAAAUAAGAGCAAUUGAAUUAACUAUCUAA